AUGGACUGCCGCCCCCUGGUUUGGGCCCAUCGUGGUGCUUCGAAAAUCUGCCCAGAGAACACGCUGUCAGCAUUUCGUGCCGCCCUCGAAGCUGGUGCUGAUGGCGUGGAACUCGAUGUGCACCUGUCUGCUGAUGACCAUGUGGUGGUGAUCCAUGAUGCUACCCUGGACCGAACCACCACUGGUUCUGGCUAUGUCAGGGACAUGACCUUGGAGCAGUUGAAGUUGGUGGAUGCCGGCAGCAAGCACUCUGCAGUCUUUGCACAUGAACGAAUACCCACCCUGGAGGAGGUCUUGAAACUCAUCACCACCCUGGAGAAGAAAUUGCUUAUAGAACUGAAGGGCCCCUUUUCAGGCUUACCUGACAGAACAGCAAUGCUGCUGAAGCCACUGCUUGGCAAGAAGCAGCCAGCUUACCCCGAGCUGCCAAGAUUGGUAGCGGAGAUUUUAAGGCCAUACUUGCGUCAGGUGCAGGAUGGGCAAAUUGUUGUCCAAUCUUUCUACAUCCCAUAUCUUCAAGAGUUGCGAUCCCUUGUGCCAGAUUUGCAGCUGAUGUAUCUGACACUGUCUUCUGGCAGUGGCUGGUGGCAGCGAGAAGAUCUGCAGACGGUUCCCCUGAGUUUCUCAGGGGUCUCAGUCCGACAUGCUGCCUUGACACCAGAUGCUGUGAAGGUGUUGCGUGAAGUCCAGGGCCGGGUUUUUGCCUGGACGGUUGACUCAGAAAGCCGCCUCGGUGAGAUAAUGGACUUCCCUGUGGAUGGGAUUAUCACCAAUUGCCCAGAGAGGGCGCUGGCCUUGCUGACAGGCAAUGCACAUGCUGGCUACCGCAGCUGUGACAAGAUAGCUGCGCCGGAGCACAGGAGCUGCCACGAAGAGGCGCCCGUGCAAUGUGCGUCGGUAGCUAGUCAUCCAAGUGUGCACUCUCUUUUUGUUCCAGAUCUACAGCGGCGCAUCCUAGCAGCGCUACCCCGUGAUGGGAUUAAAGCCUGGCACAGCGCCGUACAUGUUUGGAGGCAAGCUGCUAAAGAGUAUGUUACAGAUGUUCUUCGCGCACCAUGGUGGCUGUUGGAUGCCGAUGGACACUCUGCCCUAGCAGAGGUGUUCACGUGGUGUCCUCCCAGCUGCUUAUUACGAAGCGCCUGCGUUUGUCAUGCGUGGCGAAGAGCAGGAGAGAGCCGGGAAGCCUGGCGAUCCCUUCGGCUCAGCUUCGGUUGGGGCGCCGACUUCGAGAUGCGCUGCUUGCUCCGCUCCCUGCGACGCUUGGGGCUCCGUCAUGGGCUCACCGAGCUGCCGGAGGCGAGACCCCCGAGCCCAUUGGCCUCUACACCUUCCAGUCCUGGGACUCCGGCCAUGGGACCUUCCCGAAGGUUGUCUCCAAGCUUGGAUGAGGGCUACCGUUUUGCUUCACCGCCACCAAGCCCUCAGGGCAAAGGCGUCCACCUGCAGUCGCAGCUGGUCCUUUGCCGCCACCAAUUGCCCAAGUCGGAACUGUGGCUGCUGCAGCCUCAGAACAGCCGCUGCCACGACUCCGCGCGCCGAGCCUUGAGCAAUGUCCUGGCAGCCCAGCUGGAGCUGCUGGUGGGCAAAGCAGUGCUGGAACUGAAUGCAGGUGCCGGCCUGGUAGGUUUGGGCUUCGCCCCGUACUGCAAAACCAUGACCAUCACGGCCCCUGACGACCUCAGCUGCCGUCUGCUGCGCCUCAAUGCCUCGCUGUUUUGCAGACGGAGCAGCAAGAGCCGCCAGGUGGCAACAGCCACAGGGCCCAACAAUCUGCAAGUGCCAGUGUACGUCUACAUGCUACCCACCACUCUCGGUGGGGCUAAAGCGUUGGCGCGGCAAUGGCAAUGGGACAGUGGCAGCGCCAUGCGAGCUUUGAAGCCGUCAUUGCUGGCACCAUCUUUUGAUCUGGUGCUGAAUGCUGGUCAGCCCAUUGAUCCGCAGGGUCUAGAGAUGUGCAACGAGCUGAUGGCACCAGGAGGCCUUUUGAUAACAGUGCCAUGGCAAAGGCAACAACUGGACAUAACUUGA